GCGGCAUCGCAUUUUUUGGCGGCCAUUACAACGAGUGGAAAACGGCGGAGCGCAGCGCACAAAUUAAUGCAUAAACAAACGGCAAGCAAAUAGAACACGCGCUGUCCCUGACAACCCAAUCCCACCGAAAGCACAACGAACAGCUCCGAAGAUGUCCUCGAGCGCUGCCAGGGUCUACAUCCAAGUCGAGAGCGAGGCCGAGCAGCAGGAGCACCUAAAGCAACAGCGCAAGACACUAAAGCCCUUGCAGGGCAACGUCAACGACAAGGAAAACCUCAGCGGUACCGGGCGGGCCUCCAUCGUGGAUCAGCUGAGUCGUUUAAAGGCCGGCGUCCAGGUCGCGCCCAAGUACGGCAAGCGCAAGUGCGUGGAAACGUCCACAGCGGCGCCGGCGACGUCCACAAAGGACGCGGACACCCAGACCGAGCCGGAGGCCACGCCCCGCGCGGAUGCCGACAAACCCAUCACCGCGGAGGACCUCACCAGUGAGGCCGAGCCCGGCGAGAACUACUACAAGCUGCUGGCCGAGCAGCGGCGACUGGCCCUGGAGGACUCGCUCACCGAGAACCGACAUCUGCACGAGCGCAUCGAGGGACUGGAGGAGGAGAUGGACACGAUGCGCCAGGAGCUAGACGCAGCGAACAACCUUGUGGAGGUCCUAAAGGAGAUCUGCGACGAGGACAACAGCGAGUUGGAGGAGGACGAGGCUGCGGGCGACCAGGAGUAGGUCACCGCAAAGGCUGCAUACCAAUCACACGUUCUGUUAGUCUAAGUUUUUACAAAUAGUUGUAGUUAAAUCUCCCUUAAUUUAUCCCUGUACGUCAGCUAACACAACGGACUGGUCUCAUUGUACGCCAGCAAUAUAUUUACCUGUUACACGCCAGUUAUGAUCCCAAUAAAGUUUAUACACAUUUGAUUAGAAA